AUGACUACUCAUCUUCAACCACAACCCCAUACAAAUAAUACUAGUUCUAAUAACACCUCUGCAAAUCAAAACACAAACAUUAAUAUCGAUAUGAAUGACUUGUUGGCGGACGAUCUAACAAUGUUCGACCCGAACCAUUUCCUUAAUAACAAUAUCAUCAAUUCAAACACUGUGAAUAACCACAAACCUCACCAUCCUCACCAUUCUCAUACUCACUCACAUACAGCUUCGUAUACUAACGUCGAUACUAUCAAAGAGGAAGCCAUGAUUGAUAGUUUUCUCACUUUGGACAAUGACGAUGAUGAUGAGUUUACGCCGAGUAUCGAUACCGCUAAUGACCAGAUCUAUAAGAAGAUCACACACAACGCUACGGAGAAACAUGACAAUGUAUCCGGCUUGGACAAGCUCGACGAUAUAAAGAUCGAAAGCAACCUCUUGGACUUUUUGGGUAACUCCCCCAUAUCGGACAUCCCCUUAGACAUCACUUCCACUAAUUCUACAAACACUCAACCAAUUCAUCAUCCAAUACAUUCUCAAAACACUAAUACUAGUAAUAACAUUCGUAAUCAUAAUGAUAAUUCAACUUUGAUUUCUAAUACCACGCCUACAACAAAUAUAGCAGAUUAUACACAUAUGUCUUUAAACGAUAAUUCCCUAUUCCAAGAUAUCACUCCACCUAUAAACACUUCAACCAAUCCAAUUAAUAGUGUAAACACAACAACUUCAUCUACUUCAUUGGUAGAUAUGAGUUUAUUUUCAGAUUUGAAUUUAAAUUUCAACAUGAACAAUUUUACUAUGAAUCCUAUGAACUUCAACAUGAAUUCAAACAACAACACUAACAAUUCUACCACACAUGCACCUGCAAACUAUCCUCUAGAAUCAGAUUAUUUAGAUAAUCAAAUCAUCUUAUCACAUGAGAUAGACACACAUACAACUAAUAGCACAGCUUUACCAUCGAGAAGAAACUCGACUCUUUCCAUCCCAAAUGCAAUCAUUAAUAGAACUUUAUCAAACACAACGUUUAAUAAUAAUCCAUUGAAUCAUAUUACAAAGAGAAAAUCCAUCUCUCAUCAAUUAUAUACAACAACCAAUAAUUCCGCUACAAAUUCAAACAGCAACUCGAUGUUAAUAGGUUCUCCAAAAUCUUCUUUCUCAAUGUCUAGUUCCUAUGCUCAUUCAAAGAGAAAAUCAGUUUCUGCUAUUGAAAUGAAUAAUUCAAAUUAUAUGGACAUUUUCCCUACAAAUUUUGAUUUCAUAAACCCUUCUAGUCUAUUCCAACCAGCUACCAUCAACAAUAACAACGCUAAUACCACCACACCUACCACUACUACCUCCAACAACACCACUACCACCUCCAACAACACCACUACCACUACUAAUAGUAAUAAUGGAACUGCAACUACAACCCCGGGACUCAAACAAAAUUUUGUCUUGAAUUCUUCUUCUCCAACUUCUCCUUCUACUGCAACAACUGCUUCAAACUUAUUAGGUAAAAAUAAAUCAAUUACACCUGUAACACUUUCGAUUCCAAAUAAUUUUACUUUUAAAGAUUCUUUUAGCAUUAAUAAUAAUUCAUCUGGAACAAAUAGUAAUAUCAUGGCAAGCUCUUCUCCAAAGAGAAAUAGAAAACGGAAAUCGUUACCGAACACAAAUAUAAACUCAUCUAAUGGUACUCAAAAUAAUAACACCAUAACUUUCAAUAUCACUCAAUCUACCAAUAUGGCAAAUAAUUCGCUAGUCUUGCAAAACUCACCACUUUCCUCUGCAAAUCCAACUUUCAACUCAUAUAAAAAUACAAGUAUUGUUUCUCAAGAUAGUUUUAAUUAUAGUUAUUUGAAUACUCCUGUAUCUCCAACAAACUUGGAAAGCUCAACAUCCACAACGAUGCCAUCAAGCUUAAAUUCUAGUGCACCUCCAAGUGCAACUCCAAGUUUAAGUACUCUUCCUUCAAAAUUAAAUACAACUAUAUCUUCGAAAUUAAAUACAACAGUACCCGUAAACCUAGGUACAGUACAAUCUACUACUACUAACACAACUCCAAACGUAAGUGCUAUCAAUAAGCCUUUCAAGUGUGAUACAUGUGGUAAGAAUUUCAGAAGAUCUGAACAUUUGAAAAGACAUAUCAGAUCUGUGCAUUCAAUGGAAAGGCCUUUCAGUUGCGAUAUUUGUUUGAAAAAAUUCUCAAGAUCUGAUAAUUUGUCUCAACAUUUAAAGACUCAUAAAAAACAUGGAGAUAUCUGA